ACUGGUAACAAAACUUUAAGUACCGACGAUUACAGAGGUGUCUUAAUCCAUGUGGGCACAAACUCCAUCCGCAGUAACAGUGAGGAAGAAAUCGUGAAUGAAACACAGAAUCUGAUUAGAUCGGCGAAAACUGUAUACCCAACAUCCAGGCUGGUAAUUAGUGGAAUUAUUCAUCGAAGAUCGGAGGAUGGGGACUCCAGUCUUCAUACAGCCAUCCUGACUUGGGCUUUCCAUGGUUUCUCAAAAUUAAUUCAGGUAAUUUCGAAUGGUUCCUACCAUAUGGCCACAACCAACUACCUGUUCCAUCCUUGUCAUACUAUAUCUGAGGAUGGAGGCUCCAGUCUUCAUACAGCCAUCCUGAUUCUAGUUUUCCAUCGUCUCUCAAAAUUAAUUCAUGAAAUUUCGGAUGGUUCCUACUAUAUGGCCACAACCAACUACCUGUUCCAUCCUUGUCAUACUAUAUCUGCCGUGAUAAACUGCAGUUUCCAACCGAGGCAAGAUGCAACAAUAUGGUGCACUCCACACUAUGCAGGCGCUGUACGUGCUGCCUCUAAGAUCACUGGUCACCGAUUGACUUCGUUCGCGCCUGCCAAAGUGCGCCAAAAGUUUCCGCUCCCACCUUUGCCUACGCUUACACAGCUUUCCAUUCCUGACGGAACUACUCCAUCUUUUAUACUACACGUAUCUCAUACAGCCCUAAGUGAGUGCCAGUAACUAUUACAUACAUAAUUACAUUAUAUCACCUUUAGAAUUUAAUAAUUAUAACAAAUAGAUAUCUUUACAAUAUUUAAAAGUAAAUAUUGCACACUUUUUCUUAAUAUGUAACUUCACUUUAAUC